GAUAUUCAUAUCUGUUUUCGAAAACCCUCGGAAGGGGAAAAUGUCUAUUUAUGUCGCCUCUCGCCGCCACAAAAACACUAGCACCGCUUACGCGAGCUAUUCACCUUCCAUUGGCUUUUUUUCCAUUGUCGUCCUAAGGCCGGCAAGCUGUCGUCGACACCUAGAUGCUCUACCGAAAUGGCCACUACCGCUUUUCUAUGUCUCAAGGUCGCAGAUGCGUUAUAUGUAAGCGCAGUCAGUUUUCAACAAUCGUUUCAUCGUGUUUGGUGUCCUUGGUCGCCACCCAAGGAUAGCAAUAGUGUCGCGUUCAAUGCCGCAAUCCACGUCAUUCAUGCUGUUUUCCCGGCUUUCAUUCGACUCGCCACGAAUCCAUUGGACCACCCGCCGACUAUGGGUGUCGUCCUAGGCCGCCACCAAGAGCCAGAGUCACGAAGGUAUAAAAAUCCAGCGCAAUGCACAUCGUACAUCCCGCUCCAUCUCGCAAACCUCACUAUGUGCCUCACAAGAAAGUGUCUCGAACAUUGCGAUAGGUGCGGGUGGGACAGGCCCAUGGGAUUUCACCAGACCGAUAUAUGCAACGCCCGGCAGCUCUGCAACAUCGCGAAUGAUAGGAGCAACCCGGAGUACAGCCGCGUUCCUCAUUCACAGAGCGAUAUUGCUAGGUACAACAGGGAUUGCCGCGAGAGGAGCAGUACAGUAGAUUUCCUAUGGAGCCAUGUGGAAUCUUGUGCUCAUUGCCCGCGGUGUUCCACACUUUCGUACUUUCGUUUGAUGCGACUUAAUUAGGAUGUCCGCAUUUCGUAUGUAUGGAGGCAACAACUCGGUUUUAUUCAUUUACACAUGUUCAAGUUGUUCAUUUUAAUAAUCAAGUUUUAUUCCAA